CCCGCUUCCUUUAACACCGCAUCUAGCCACCGUCUGUUCUAUUCACGCCUGCUUUGAGAGAGAUCAUGGCAGUGCUUUGCACCUGACCGCCCUCCUCAGAACCCGCAGGCCGCACACUCUCCAUCGGCCAGCCAUGUCAACCACGCGCCUCACGUUCCUCUAUCCCGCCCUGUUCCGCGGGACUGGCACCCGCGCCCGGGACAUCGCCCCUCAGGCCGUGCGGAGGACGCAGAGAUGCCGCAAGUCCACCAGCUCGGGACCGCGCACCGCCUCACCCUUCUCGACAUCGUCCGCAACUCCCAAGACUGCUUUUCCUAGGCAUGGUUCUGCCGUAGAGCCUGUCGACACCACUUCCUCGAGUGGUGGGGAAGCCCGGCCGGUCCCGGAAUCAACAAGGCAGGCCAAGCGCGAGCCAACUACUCCAGCGAAUCCCAACGAGAAGCAGACACCUGCAAAGGAGGAGCAACAAACAGCAUCAGCCAAGCAGCAGUCGACCAAGCCAGCCGCCGAGGCAUCUCCAGACACAGAGUCGGUCACUCUGGCGGCUGCUGCUGCGGCAGGUGCAGCCGCUGGCAAGACCCCUCAGCAAGCAGCCGCUGAUGCAAAGAUGAAGCAGGGCGGUCCCAUGGAUGCAGUCCUCCACAUGCCACCGCCUGAGUCCACGCCACACCCGCACAUUGCGCCUUCGCCUUACGUGCAUCACUUUGACACGUAUACCCUCGUCAAGCAGCUGGAGACGGGCGGGUAUAGCAAAGAGCAGGCGACUACUGCGAUGAAGGCGAUUCGGCGCUUGUUGGCACAUCACUUGGAGGUCGCGCAGGAAGGACUCGUCAGUAAGAGCGAUGUCGACAAUGAGACAUAUCUCUUCAAUGCGGCCUGCUCAGAAUUGAGCACCGAAGUCACGAACAACCGUAGGACGGCUGACGAGACUAUACGACAGCAACGCACACACCUGCAGCACGAGGUUGACAUCCUAAGCCAGCGCAUGACGCAGGACAUUUUGACACUCAAGGACGAUGUCAGGGCUGCAUUCCACGACCGCAAGAUGACCGUCAGAGAAGAGCAGCGAUCUAUGGAAAGCCUUAUUCAAAGCAUCAACAUGAAGAUCACUGUCCGCCUCACUGGAGACGCCAAGUCGGACAUCGAAGGGCUUCGGUGGAUUCUCAGUCGUCGCUCUGUCGUCGGCAUUCUAUUCAUGGCCAUCAUGACCCUGGCGACCUUGCGGUACGGGUCUUAUGUCAACCAUGAGAAGCAGAGAGCCAUCGAUGAGCGCAAGCGGCGGGAAGAGGAGCUCAAGCGAAAUGGUGGCAGGCAAGAUCACGCCCCUCCUGUGGAUGCGGCGCAGAUUCUCGCUGCCAAUUGAGCAACAUCCGGCAUGACUGAUAUUGCCCAGACUAGACGAGAUACCCUUAGAAAAUAGAGAGACAAAAUAUCCUCACAGAAAAGAGGGCAAUUUUUU